AUGAAAUAUUUAAAAAAAUGUAACCUUCUAAAAUUAACAAUACAAUUAGAUAAAUUUUUAAAUUCAUCAUUAAAGUUUAAUAAAAAUAAAGAAAUAAGAAAAAUUAACACAUCCAUACAAAAGGAUGAUAAAAGUUUAGGAAUCAUACUUAUUAAUAGUAAAGUUAUAAAAGGAAAUGAAAAAAAUGAUAAAUUAAUAAGUACUUCAAUAAAUGAAAUAAGUGAAUUUUCAAAUAAUGAUGAAAAAAAUAGAUAUAUGAAAAAUGAAAAGAGAAAAGAUGAAAAUAUCAAAAAUUAUAAAAAUAUCAAAAAUUAUAAAAAUAUCAAAAAUUAUAAACAAUCUGAAUUGGUAAGAAAAAUAAGAAAAUUUUGUAGAAAAGAUGAUUUAUGCAGUUUGUAUAAAUUUUGUGAUGAAUUUUUAUAUCUUUUAAAAAGUAAAAAACUACAAGAAAAUGAUUUUUCUAUAAUAAUUCAUUUAUUAAAUAAAAAAAAAUUUUAUGAUAAUAGUUUUUGGAGAAAUAUAGUUACUACUGAAACUAUAGAUUUAAUCUUUAGUAUGAAUUUAAAACAAAUUAUUUUGUCUUUUUAUAGUAUUGUAAAUUCUUAUAAAUAUAUUAAUUUAAAUUUUUUAAAUUUAUUUACUAAAAAUUUAAUUUUAAUUUUAAAAAGUCAAAAAGACUUUUUUUCAAUAGUUAGAAAAAAAGAAAAGGAGGAAAAAAAAGAUAUCGAAAAUUUUAAUUUUUACUUACACAAUAAUUUAAAAGAUGAGAAAAAUUGCAUUAGUAAUCAAAUUAAUAAUUUAAAUAAUAAUGAAGUAAAUAAUAAUAAAGUAAAUAAUAAUGAAGUAAAUAAUAAUGAAGUAAAUAAUAAUAAAGUAAAUAAUAAUGAAGUAAAUAAUAAUGAAGUAAAUAAUAAAAAGAAUUGGAAUAUAUUAAUUAGUAAAAAUAAAAAUGUUUUAACUUAUAAAACUAAUGAUGAAAAUUUUAUGUCAAUUUUCAAUAAUUUAAAAAAUCAUAUAAAUUUUUUAGAUUUAACAUUAAUAUGUAACACAUAUUAUAAAUUAAAAGAAUUAGAAAAUAUAGAAAACAUUGAAGAACUAAAAAAUAUCGCAUAUAAACUUUUUCUUUAUUUUUUAUUUUUUAAGAAAAUAGAUUAUAAUCAUUUAUGUUUAUUCAUUUAUAGUUACAUUAAGAUGAAAGGAAAGUUUAAAUAUUAUUUAUUAAUUAAAAUAAAAAAUAUAUUACUACAAAAAAAUUUUGAAUUAUAUACCAAUAUAUAUAAUUUAAAUAUAUGUUCAUUAAAUAUGUUAAUGAAUGUAUUACGAAAAAAUCAUUUUAAGGAUGAUAACUUUUUUGAAGAAAUUAUUUUCUCAUUCAUCAUUAAUUUAAAUUUAAAAGAAAAAAAAAAAAUAAAAAUAAAAGGUAAUAUACUAAAUUGUGAUGAUAUUGAAAUAAAUGACCAUAUUUCUAUUAGCGAUUAUGUAUACUCUUUUGAUAAAAAUUCUAUCAAUAACAAUGAUGGUUAUAACUUAUGUGAAAAUGCAAGCAACAAUGAAAAUAAAAACUGUUACUAUAUUCCUACAGAAAAAGUAGAACUUGCUAAAUAUUUUAUAAAAAAUAAAGAUAUAUAUUUAUCAAAAAAUUGUAAUUUAAUUAGAUUAAAAAAAAAAGAUUUUUGUUUUUUUGUUUAUAAUAUGAAUAAAUUAAACAUAAAAAAUUAUUAUAAUAUAUAUGAAUAUAUAAAAUAUGAGACAGAAAAACAAUUAAAUUUUUUAACUAUAUAUGAUUGUUGCAUCCUGUUAAAUUCCUUACUAAAUUUAAAUAUACUAAAUGAUAAAUUAUUUAUAAAAUUGUUCUCAUGUUUAAAAAUUUUAUUUGAAAAAAAUCAUUAUAAUGAAAAGGAUGUUACAGGUAUUUUCAUAACUUUCUGUAAGUAUGCACAAAAAAACACAAAACAUAAUAAUUUAAUAAAUUUAUUUUUAAAAUUGUUAUAUUCAAAAAUAGAAAUGAAAUUAAAAAAGUAUAAUUAUAUGAAUAUUAUUUCUAUUUUUUGUUGCUCCACAUAUUUUAAUAUAAAUUUUAAUAAUGGUAUACUGCAAGAUUUGUGUAUAGAUGUACUCAAUAAUUUUAAUUGUAUAGAUGUAAAUUUAUUACUUAUUUUUUUAUAUUUUUUAAAAAGUAGAAAUUAUCAAAUAAAUUUUUUUUUUUUUGAUUCAAUUUUACAUAGACUUCUUCUAAAAAUUAAAGAUUCAGAUACUUUUUUUUUCUUUUUUGAACUUGUUACCAUUUAUUCUACUAAAACAUUAAAGAAUGAAAAAAUCUUAAAAAAGAUUACGGAGAUAUUAAAUAAAAAUUAUCCAUUUUUUUAUAUAAAAGAAAAAAUUAUUUUAUCAUUAUAUAUAUUAAUGACACCUAUGUUGUCAUUAACAGAAUUAUCUUUUAUAUUUUGUAAGAAAACAUUUGAAAGUAUAUUAGACUUUGAAAAAAAGAGAAAUGAUGAUAAAGUAGAAGAAAAAAUAAAUAAAAUAAAUAGAAAAGAACCAACCUUCUUGUUACAUAAAAAUAAUAUUGAUAAUAAGAGUAAUCGUUGUUCUACUUUUUUUGAUGAUUAUUGCAAUAAUUUUUUACUUAAUAAUAGGGAUUUUAUUAAUAAUAUAAAUAUUGAUGAACUAAAAAUAUAUUUUUUUAUAUUAUUGUUAGACUUAAAUCAAAAUAAAUUACCUUUUUUUAAAAAAUACGAAUCAAUAGAAAAUGAUAAUAAAAGAAAAAAUUACUAUUACAAUUUGAUAUAUAAACACAAAUUUAAAAUAUUUUUUGAUUUUAUUUUUCUACCAUUAAACAAUGAAUGCUUGAAUUAUUUUUUUAAAACAAGUAAGUUGUUUUAUUCUCAAAAAUAUAAAGGGCUUUUAGAAGAAAAAAAAAAAGAUGAUUUAAAAUUAAUUAAAUAUUCAAAGAGAAAAAAAAAUAUUACAUUAGAAACUUAUAAUGAUGAAAUUAUAAAUUAUUUUCCUCAUUUUGAAGAGACAAUUUUGAACGUAAUAAAAAUAUCUUAUGAAGAAUUUUUUACUUUUAUACUCUCUCACAGAGAAGAAGAAAAAUUUAAAAAAAAUAUAAACUAUAUAAAUUACAAUUAUUCAGAUUAUUUUUUUUGUAAUAAUGAGAACCUCUAUAUAAAAAUAAAAAAGAAUAUUUUUAUUAAUUCAUUACACAUUCCUUAUAUAUUUAAAUUACCAAAAGAAUUAAAAUCAUUUUUAUGA